AUGAAGAUUGCUUCGAAGCCUUGCAUUGGAUCAUCAAAAACUCCUGAAUGGCUGGAAAAACAUGCUGACUUGUCUAAGGCUUUCUUGAUGGGCAGUAGCGCUGGUGGUAACAUAGCUUAUCAUGUUGGCCUCCAUGUAGCUGCGUGUGUUGACGAACUCCUGCCUCUGCAGAUCAAAGGGUUGAUAUUGCAUCAGCCAUACUUUGGUGGGAUCGAGAGGACUGAAUCAGAGUUGAGGCUCGCCAAGGACAGGGUUGUACCGUUGACAUUAAGUGAUCUGUUGUGGGAUCUGAGCUUGCCAAUCGGCGUUGACCGCGAUCAUGAGUAUUGCAAUCCAAUGGCGAAGAUUAAGCCAGACCAAUUUGAUCAUGUCAAAUCUCUAGGGUGGAAGAUUUUGGUCACUGGCUGUGACGGUGAUCUGUUAAUAGACCGCCAGAUUGAGCUUUGGAAGAAAUUAGAAGAGAAUGGUGUACCGGUAGCAGGUAAGUUUGAUGAGGGAGGAUGUCAUGGGUAUGAGCUUGGAGAUCCAUCCAAGGCUAAAGAACUGGCCAUUACCAUUAAGGACCUCGUAGAAUCUACCACCACUUCUUGA